CACAGCAGCAGCAACAGCAUCAGCUGUUGAACUCCACUCUCACACGCAUCAACAGCAUCGAGGCUUAGGCCUCAGCAAUGCCAGGCUGCACGACAGACACGGCGAAGCAGCUCGGGGAGCGCAUCGACCAUGUCGUCACUAUUAUCGGCGAACUAGGUGAUUUCACUAGUUCGGCCACGAUCAACAGCACGGUGGCCGCCAUCAAGACGGACAUCACCAAACUGCAGACAAAACCGGACGCCGCUCCAAAGACAUACAAGAUGCCGCACUUCAACAUCAACAAGUUUGACGACUACAACAAGACGGACGCCUUGACAUGGUGGCAAAGCUUCCUCACUGAAGCAUCCUGCCGCACUGUACCGGCCGAAGACAUGAUGAAAGCGCUCUACCUCCAACUUAUUGGAGGAGCACAAGCAUGGAUGAACCAUCUCGCGGCCAAUCGGAAAUGCACCAUCGCCAAAAUCCACACGCACAUUUCAUGGAAGGAGUUCGAGCAAUUGUGGUUCACUCGAUUCAUGGUCCGCAAUGUUGUAAAGGCGGCCAUGAACGAGGUCUACACCAGCUCACAAGGAAGCAUGCCAACUCGAGACUGGACGAUCAAGUGGCAGAAGAUAGUAACCACUCCAGGCUUCAACUUGAGCUUUCCAAACCAACGAUCCGAAUUCUUUUCGCGAUCGUGCGCAGGACUGCGGUCGGCACUCAGCAACGAGUACGACUAUGCCUCAUUCCAGGCUAUUAUGGAUCGUGCGAACCUAGUCAUCCAAACGGAUGACAAGGCCGCUAACGAACGGCAGUCCCAGCAGCACUAUGUGGCUAAGCAGGGCUAUCAACGACAGACACAUAACAAUGUCGUGAUUCCUGACGAAUCAAUCGAUCUCCACGCUGCAGCAACAUCCUCGAGUGAUGGAGGAGUUGUCGCAGCACUCCCGCCGAAGCGUCCCAAGAGAGUUCGGAAGAACAAGGCGACACAAGCGAUGACAUCGACGGGAACUGGGCAGCAACCAUGGACGGCAAACAACAUAACCAAGGAAGUAUUUGACCUGCGUCAACGGAAGACGCAACCUUCGCAAGUGACACUCGCGGACGACCGCACGCAAAAGUCGAUUAACCGAUGCAUUGACGGCGUCCCGAUAUACUUUGCGCCCCUUGCAUGCGAGCCGGUGUCUUUUGACAUCCUCGACACCAAGUUUAACAUGAUUCUAGGCAUGUCUUGGUUGCGUAGCGCCGAUCAUCCGGUGAACUUUCAUGACCGAAUCGUUCACAUCCGUGACCGGAACAGAGUGUUAGUCCCAUGUACGGUCGCGACCCCUCAUACUUCGAUUGCUUGUCACGUGGUUUCCGUUGCGAGAAUUCACAAUGCUAUAGCUCAGAACGACGUAGAGGAGAUGUGUCUUAUGUUUUUACAUGCUCUCCCCUCGCCUGACGGACCAGCCGCCUCACCGCCGGACCCACGCAUUACUCACCUCUUGGGCGGGUCGGGAGACGUCUUCAAGGCUCCCACCGGAACGGUUCCGGAUCGGCCCAUACGUCACGGGAUCACUCUCGAGGCUGGUGCCGUCCCUCCGCGUGGAUGCUUUUACCGCAUGAGCGAAGAGGAACUCGAGGUGCUUCACGCACAACUUGAUAACCUUCUCGACAAGGGCUGGAUUCGCCCUAGUUGUUCGCCAUACGGUGCGCCAGUUCUCUUCGUCCGGAAGAAGAACAAGGACCUACGGUUGUGCAUUGACUAUCGAAAAUUUAACGUACAAACCGUUAAGAACACCGACCCUCUCCCUCGGAUUGAUGAUCUCCUCGAGCGGCUGGGCGGCGCGACGUACUUCUCGAAGUUGGACUUGAAGUCGGGUUACCACCAGAUUGAAAUCCAGCCUCAAGAUCGGUACAAGACCGCCUUCAAAAUGCAGUAUGGGCAUUUUGAGUGGGUUGUGAUGCCUUUUGGACUCACCAAUGCCCCAGCAACCUUCAAAGCAGCCAUGACAACGAAGUUCCGAGACUUGCUCGAUCGUUUCGUCCUCAUCUACCUCGAUGAUAUCUUGGUCUAUAGUAGGACGCUUGACGAGCUCCUCGUACACCUUCGUGAGGUGUUGGAUCGUUUGCGAGCAGCCAAGUACAAAACAAAUCGCGACAAGUGGAAAUUCGCCAAGCAAGAGCUUGAGUACUUAGGCCAUUAUGUGACGCCGAAAGACAUUUGUCCCUUAGCGGACAAGAUCCAAGCCAUCGUGGAUUGGUCGGAACCCCGUUGCACGACGGACAUACGCUCUUUCAUGGGUUUGGCCGGAUAUUAUCAGCGCUUCGUCGAAUCUUACUCCAAAGCGGCAACUCCUUUGUCGAGACUUCAGUCCCUGAAGGUACCAUUCAAGUUCGACGACGCAGCUCGUGGCGCGUUCAAUAUGUUGAAGGCGGCGAUGAAAGACGCACUGGCCCUCCGUAUCUAUGAUCCCACCCUACCCACCCAAGUGACUACGGAUGCUUCUGGGUACGGUAUUCGUGCGGUAUUGGAACAAUGCCACACGGAUGGUUUGCACCUGGUCGAGUACUUCUCCCAAAAAGUGCCUCCCAUCAACACUCUCCACGACGCUAGGAAGAAAGAGUUACUCUCGUUCGUCACCGUUCUCAAACGGUGACGCCACUUUCUUCUUGGUCGUCGGCAUUUUAGAUG